CUUAGUUAUGAAUGAAAAAUAAAACGAUUUUUCUAAUUUAAUGACAAUUCAUGUAAAUAUUUGUUUAAUUUAUUUAAGAUGUCUGCAAGUAGCUCGAAAGAUGUUAUAAUAAUAGAUGAAUAUCAAGUUACCGAAGAAGAUGAAAUUGCUGCUAUUGAUUAUGAAUUGAAACAAAUCGAGAAUGAAUUACAAACACUCGAAGAUCGUAAAAAAGUUUUAAUCCAACGUAAAGAAAAAUUACGGGAUAAUGCACUUUUGAAGAAGAGUUUAUCUGUAUCGCAAAAGAAUUGGAAUAACGAAGAUUUUAGUUGGUCCAAAGAUCUUAAAAAGGCUUUAAAGAAUGUUUUCAAAAUUGAAAAAUUCAGAGAAUUACAAUUGCCAACUAUGAAUGCAAUUUUCUGUAAAGAAGAUGUUAUUUUAGUUAUGCCUACGGGCGGUGGUAAAAGUUUGUGUUAUCAGUUACCUGCUGUUAUUAGUAAAGGUAUUACGAUAGUAGUUUCACCAUUAAUUGCAUUGAUGGAGGAUCAAUUACAUGGGUUACAAAAGGUUAAUGUAAAAGCUAUGAUGCUAAGCUCAAAAUGUAAUAAAGAGAAUGUCAAAAUUAUAAUGAAUGCACUUGUGGAUAAGAACUCUGAUCUAAAACUAAUUUACGUUACGCCAGAAUAUAUGGCGAAAUCUAAUCGUUUUAUGAGUAAAUUACAAAAAGCCUUUGAAAUGAAACGUUUGGAUCGUUUUGCAAUAGACGAAGUUCAUUGUUGUAGCCAAUGGGGACAUGAUUUCAGACCAGAUUAUAAAUUUUUAGGAAUUCUAAAAUCCAUGUUCACAAAUAUACCAAUUCUUGGUCUGACCGCAACUGCUCCCGCUAAAAUUAUUGUAGACGUUCAGAAAAUGUUAGAUAUCCAAGGUUGCUUGGUUCUAAGAGCUACAUUCAAUAGGCCAAAUCUGUUUUACGAGGUUCGCCGUAAGCCAGGAGAUAAGAAUACAUGUUUAGCUAUGAUAGAAAAUUUAUUAAAAAAUCGAUUCAAAGAUAAGUCUGGAAUAAUUUACACAACUACUAUUAAGGAUGCAGAACAAUUGACAACUGAUUUAAGAACAUUAGGCUUGAAAGUUGGAUGUUAUCAUGCGAUGCUAGAGGCUGAGUACAGAUCAGAGGUAUAUUCUAAGUGGAUAUCUGGAAAAUACCAAGCUGUAAUAGCCACAAUUGCUUUUGGAUUGGGUAUUGAUAAACCAGAUGUACGUUUUGUUAUCCAUCACUGUAUUUCAAAGUCAAUGGAAAACUUUUAUCAGGAGAGCGGUCGUGCGGGUAGAGAUGGAAAGAAAUCAGUGUGUCUAGUCCUAUAUAGACUACCGGAUGUAUUCAAAUUAAGCACAAUGGUAUUUCAAGAUAAAGUUGGUUUACAAAAUUUGUACAAGGUACUAUUAUACUGUUUAGAUCAAUCUUCGUGUAGACGUAGCAUAAUUGCAACCCAUUUUGAAGAAACUUGGAAUAAAAGUGAUUGUGCAGAAAUGUGUGAUCAUUGUCGCAAACCUAAAGAUAAGAUAGAAGUGAAUAUAGUAGUAUAUUGUAGACAGUUGUACGAAAUAAUGACUAAAGCAGUACAAAGCGAAACAAGAUUGACCGCCUUAAAACUUAUAGAUGCUUGGUAUGGUAAAGGUGCAUCAACUUUACGGGUAUCUUCCGUACCAAUACCAAGGUUUACAAGAGAAUCGGGCGAAGCUAUAGUAGGGCAUUUACUUGUAAAUGGUUAUUUGCAAGAAGAUUUUCAUUUUUCUGCAUAUUCUACAAUAUCGUAUUUGAAACGUGGUCCCAAAGCAGUAUUAGCAUUUAAUAAUAACCAUGAAAUACUUUUUAAUUAUGAACUGCAUUAA